GUAUUAAAAUAUCCCUCCAUUAGUCUCACCAUCUCACGUGUCUCAGCCGGUCACCCCUCAAACUCCUCUCCCUCCUCUUCUUCAUUUCCAUCAGCUUUUGUCUCACCGUCACAGAAAUUCCGAUUGCGGCGCAGUCCCGGAUUGUUCACUCCAGCCCGCAAAUGAUCAUCACCGUCAGCAGCAGCUUCUCGAAGAAUUCAUGAUCCUUUUGCGAUGUCGAAUCGCCGGGUCGAGGUCGGCGACAGGACCUUUGGACGGCGUCGGUAGUUCCAUGGUAGCGGUGUCGAGGAACCGCAGCAUCCCGUCUCGAGUUUGUUGGAGCGGCGCCCGCGAACCUUGCGGCAGGGGAGAGAAACCGUCACGCCCAGCGGUGAGGGGUGUGGGGGGAGGGAAGCGGGAAUCCGGCGGCUGCGGGUGCGCAGGCGGGCGGGGGCGGAGCUCCGGGAGCCCUCUGAAUGGUGAGCAACUGUGCUUCUCUUCUAAAAGUUCGAAUUGGAUCGGGCUCGAACGCACCGCACCUGUUUCGGAAAGGAACGGGUACUCGCGCCGCGCCGCCGCCUCAACUAUGGCGCCGGCGUUCUCGGCGCACAUCGCCGCGCUCCGACGUGGAGCGCUGUGUGGGCGGUGGGUACCCGCGGCGCUGUUCUCGUCGGGGAUGCUCGCCGGCGACAAACCCAUUCUGGUAAAGGCUGAGCCUUUUUGUUUCCGGUCACAGUGAGAUCUCCCUGCAGCGGUUGCUGGUUGAAUCCUCUAUGAGGAAGUUUGGUGUGUGUUCCCUGUUCCGGCAUCACAGGGACGAAUUUGAAAUUCACCUGCCUUUGUGCGCAAGUGCUGAUUCUGUUAAGAAUCUUUUGUAGCUGAUACCUGGUUGAACAGAUUAGAACAUCAUAAUUCUCUUUGAAAGUUGAAAUGAAUGCGCACGUGUGCAUGGUCUUUCGGAUGCUUUCCCCCUCUGAAGUCUGAAUACAGCUCAUGGAGCAGGAUGGGGUUGCUGAAUUUUUAACCCUUGUUAGUUUCUUUGCGUAGAGGUCACACUUGCAGUUGAUUUCAGGGUGAAUUUUAGCAUAGCUUACCUUCCUGGACUGGGUUUCCCGGGAAUAUGAGUUUGCCUCGUCCUUCGUGAACCGAUUUCCUCCGUGAGAAGUCCUUGCUUUCCCGAUUCAGAGUUCAGACAUGUUGAAUUGAAUCUUGACGCAAUGCAAUUGCAACCGCAUGUAUGAUGCCCUCACCCAUUGUUCCUUCUGAUAACCUGCCCCAGGGUCCGAUCUCCAAUGAUGCGUCGCAUAAGAGGUUCUUCAGCAUCGCUCCACCGGCGGCACUGAUAUUUUUCUUCGUACUAAUAUUCGUCGCUGGUGCAAUUGUCACGCUUGAUCACAAGGAGAACUUGUCGAUACUGCAGCUGCAUCCAAGAGAAGCGUUUGCAACCGAGGAGAUCAGGCCUCCAGCGACGAGCGCGUUGCGCGCUGAGCCAACAGAGGAACCCAACCUCUGUGAGAACCAAUGCAGACCUUCAGGCAGCGAGGCCUUGCCGAGGGGCAUCGUGCAGGAUAAGUCCAACUUCCAGAUGGAGUCCCUGGGCGGCAAUCCAGGGCGGAAGAAGGCUGUUAGGCCGUCGAAAAGCCUCCUAGCGAUCCCCGUCGGCAUCAAGCAGAAGGCGGUCGUCGACAAGCUUGUCGCCAAGUUCCCGGCUUCCAACUUCGUCGUGAUGCUGUUCCACUACGACGGCGUGGUUGACGGGUGGCGAGACCUCAAGUGGUCGGACCGCGCCAUCCACGUCGCCGUGCGCGACCAGACCAAGUGGUGGUUCGCCAAGCGGUUCCUGCACCCGGACGUGGUGGCGGAGUACGAGUACAUCUUCCUCUGGGACGAGGACAUCGAGGUGGAUAGCUUCGACCCGCUCGAGUACCUGCGGAUCGUGAGGAGGGAAGGGCUCGAGAUCUCGCAGCCGGCGCUGGACCGCCGGUCGCAGAUCCACCACCGUCUCACGGCCCGCGCGCGCAACGUCGACGUCCACCGGCGGUUCUACAAGACGAGCGGCCAUGGCCGGUGCAACGGCAACAGCACGGGGCCGCCGUGCACGGGGUGGGUGGAGAUGAUGGUGCCGGUGUUCUCGCGCGCGGCGUGGCGGUGCGCGUGGCACAUGAUCCAGAACGACCUCAUCUACGCCUGGGGGAUGGACUUCAAGCUCGGCUACUGCGCGCAGGGCGACCGGCGGCGCAACGUCGGCGUCGUCGACAGCCAGUACGUGCUCCACCGGGGCAUCCCCACGCUCGGCGACGGCGGCAAGCCGCAGGUGUCGGCGUCGGCGGCGGACCGGCUGGCGGUGAGGCAGCGGUCGUACACCGAGCUGAAGCUGUUCAACAGGAGGUGGAAGGAGGCCGUGGCGGAGGACGGGUGCUGGACCGACCCUUACCCCGAUCCGGCGACCACCGGCUGACCGUCCGACGGCAGGAGAUGGUGCCGGGACGGGAGGUACACUACAGUAGUCAGUAGCUGUUACAUUGACCUUGCCUAGAUGACAGAUUAUACACCAUAUUUACAGCUUCAGAGAGCUCAGAGCAAUCUCAUGUAUGAUGUACAGAUUGUAAUUUUUUUUCUUUCUCUGAUCUCAAGGAAAAAAAAAGCAGGCGCGAAUAAAAAAGAAGCUGCAAUGCAAUUUUUUCUGAACUUUUUCA